CGAGGUUAUCUCUACACGCAACAUGUUAUUCUUCUACCCACUAAAAAUUUAUUAUGCAUAAAAUAUUAUCGUAUGGAACAACAUUAUAAUAGUCACAGCUGAAGGCUAACAUCGACGAAUUUAUCUUUAAACUGUGAUAUAUGUAAGUAACAGAGCAAUAAUUCUAAAAAUGAACACAUACAUGCUUCAAUGGACCGAUUAAUGGGACACUUUUAAUGAAACGACAGUAUUUGAAGUAUAAAAUUCAGCUGCAAUGGAGACUCUAGUAAGAUUUCUGCCCUCGAACCCAUAUUUAUUAGACGUCUGAAGAUUACUGUUUUAAUCAAAACAUGGAUGAAAAAAAGUAUGUCGAAGUAACAAUCGCUAAUUCCAACGCAGAAAUUCCAGUUUCCGACGCUGAACAUGUGCAUUCGACCUUGAGCAUUAUCAGAGAAUACGGUAAUUCAAGCGGCCCCCAUUUAUCCUUUGGAAAAGCAUUUUCAAAAUACGUAAGAAAUUCGAAAAGCACGAAAUACGGCGAAUUUGAUCACGCUUCUGGCAAAAAGGAUCAUUCGACCGAUGCGUUCGACAUUGACUUACUAUUGAAGUACUACGCGUGCAGUUCAAGCAUGGAAAACUCAAUAAACAAAAUGUUUGGAAUAACAGGAGAUAAAGGUACACCUUGUUUACACGAUCCUCUUGACAGCCAAGUGUGCAAAGACACGGAUCGGAGGCCGUUAAUCGAAUUAGGCGCGGUUCACAAAGUAUUUAAUUUGUUACCAUCCGAAUCCUUCGAAAAUGUUACAUCGUUAGCGUCUCAUCUCCGCGACGCCGUAAUUAAAUUACAGUCUCUGUUAAGUCGAUGCAAUAUCAAUGAGUUCAAGCAGAUUCUCUCGAGUGAUCCAUCGAUCAAAAUCUGUGAACACUGCGGAGUAAUUAGCUGUUCGAAGCCUAGAAACGCAUCGAUGGAGUCACGACAAUCUCCGCCCAGAACAUCCUACUUUCUGAACACACAAAUAUUUUCCAACAAAGAUACCGAGAACACAAAAUUGCAAAGAACUACGGAAAAGUUUCACACAAAGAAACAGCAAUCCGCGAAGCGUUUCGGGAAGUAUUGCGACACGCGUAAAAGUUCCCCCGUUUUUACACGAUACAGCGACAAGAAGCAGAAUUGUAGAUUAACGGACAAAAAAUCGGCCGACGAUGUUAAACCAGACGACAAGAGAUCGGAGAACGCUCCUCAACGAGUGGAAAUUAUGAUUGCCGAACGCGAGAAUGGUGUCGAAACGGGAAAGACGCGAGUUGUGCAAAGUGUGGUGAGCGAACCAAAACAUAAUAAAAUGCGAGUCCACGAUGGUGCUGCGUCGAAGAAGAAACACUUACGAAGCUGUAACAAUGUUUUCCAAGCGUCGGAAUCACUGUUCGCAAAAGGGCAAAAACCUGCAGCGUCACAAUCCAGUGACAAGACUAACCACGUCGAAAAGACGUUGGAUCAAGAUUGCACAAAAAUACCUGCCGUCGAUCGUGAUUCGCAACGCACCAAAUCUUUUAAGUCGGCUGAUUGCGACGCUACGGCUUCGUUGGUUGAUAGCAAAACUAAAGAGGGGCGCGUGUCAUUGACAAGAAGCGAAAGAAGCUCGAACGAAAUGAACGAGAAAGUGGUCAAGGAUAUUUCGUACGAAAAGUCAAAAAUAGAUGGUUCCAGACCCGAAGUUUCACCGCCAAAGAGUACGGAGGACGUGAUGAGCCAUUGUAACGUCGACUCGAUCAUUGAUACGAUGACGUACUUGGCACACGGUCGGUUCGAUUCGACAGACAUAAAACAAGACGAAUUUGUUGUGCAAUACAAUGAUAGAGCAUGGAUGCAAUCUAGAAACUCUAACAAUAGGCAUCGCUUUAUUUUACAUGCCGGCCGAGACUGUGAUCCGCAAUUAGCCUCCGUAUUUAAUAUGAACGACGAAUCGAAACAUCCGGAUCGGACCGGGAGUAAAAAUAAAUUCGGAAAUGCUAAAAAUAUCUCGAGAAAUAACGAACGGUCUGCCAGUCUCGCUUGUGUGAUCGAAGACGAUUCCCUGGAGGACUGUACCAAAGUAUUAGCCCCGCAACUCGACUCUGAUCGCAGUGCUAGCUCCUCGUCCGCGGAAAACAUGAUACGCGAAUGGAUGAAUUGUCCGCAGGAAGGAAAAAGCAGCGCCGACGUUAACAAUCACGAGAUAACGAUCAGUUCGUCACCCCUUAUCAUCGGAUUGGACGUUAAGCUUCAAACACCUGGCACUAACGAUAAAUGCUUGUGCUGCAGAGAGACUUCGAUUGAUAAGCAACAAGAUCUCCAAACUAAACAUUCGAAUGGAAAGAAGGAAAAGGACUUAUCGUCGGUAUCGAAUGAUCAAGAAGAAGCGCACCUAUCGAUGGAACAAAUUGUGCGCACGUGUGAUCAGAAUUUGAAAUUGCAGGGCAGUCAGGAAUCAGUGAACAGCGAUGCGAAGAAAAAGAGAUGCAAGCAAGUGGGCAGUACCGCAAGUAAAAAGUUCAGUAUAAAACAGUUUCUCGAGUCUUUCAAAUCGAUUAAAACAGCGAAAUCUACGAAACGCAAGGACAGCAAAUUGAACUGGAAGCCUUCUUCGUUAUCCAGCAAGAAUUUGUCGCACAGUUCCAUGAAAAAUGUUCCACGGCGGAUCAGUUACAACGAGUCGUCUUUCAAAAGUUUGAUACACGAUGACAGGGGGCACGGUGAGGUGGCGAACACUUUAUCGCUUUAUCGUAAAAUUCUGGAGAACACGAGAGGAAUGGACUGGGACAGCUUUAAGCGAUUUAUUGGAAGGCUGCACGCGAGUCAAAAAGAGCUCUGGCGUGAUAUUUGCAACGCCAUUGACAAUGAAGCGAAAAGGCUGGCCGACAAAGGCGAUGGCGUCACGGAAGUGUGUAUAGAAAUCAGUUCUGUUCCCGGCAAAGGAACAAAGCACGCGGAAAGAUCGUGCAGCAACGAGAUCGUGUUCGAGAUGGACAUGACGCUCAGAGACGUCGAGGGGUUUCUUGAUAGCGAGCUAGCUCUUCCCGAGAAAAGCCAACUUGACACCCUCUGGAGAGCUAGCGAAGUUAUUAGAGUUCGAAAUGAUGACGUCUGUAAUACUGAAGUGGCCUCCAAUCAAGCUGAGUAGACAAUGUUCGCCGCUGUUCACUUUACGUGCGAAAUUGUGAGGCACAAUGGAUGAAUAUGUAUGGACACCUUUCAAAAUGGAACAAUUUUUCUACAAUUGGAUCAAACGAGUGGAAUUUUUUUGAGAUCAUCGAAAAGCUAAUUUGCUAGACGUACAAUAAUUUCAGCGAAAAUUGCAAUUGAGUAGUAGGACAAAGAAUCACAUUCUCCAACUUUUUCAUCUGAAUAUGUAAACAAUGCAUUUUUUAGGUCUCCACAAUUUCUCCUACGGAAGAUAUGAAAUGUACUUGAUGUACCUGGCACUUGAUUUCGUAGGUAAAACCUCUUGCUGUCUUACAACUAUUCAACACAUAAAACAUAUAAAACAUUGAAAAAAAAUAAAAUUGAACUCGGUAUCGC